UGUUUCAAUUACACCCUCCACUUGGCAAACUUAAAAGGGGUGAGUAGUGAGUAACAAAAAGCCGUAAGAAACCGUAAUGUGGCAUGUUGUAAUCUCUUUCUAUCCUCUCUUGCCAUCAGAGUCUUGGAGCCCUUGAAGAGACGAUGAGUUGGUUUAUUGUCAGAGACAGGAAAACCACGCUGUCUAACCGGGUUUGUUCCAGGCUGUUGACAAUAAAAAACCUCAGACUGUCUGACAGAUCAAGCCCCUUGCGCUGCAACGUUUUCAUCCCCCCCAGACUGCACUGAGAUGAUGUGACAGUUCUUGCUCCCUGUGCCUUCCAGUGACUGUACCCACCGCCGAGGCUACCAUGCAGGAGUGCCAUACUGCGUUGUGUCUGUCUGUCUACCUUGUCACCUUUUUGACGGGCCUCCCAGCCAACGCUGUGGCCUUCUACACCUUCAGCAAGAAGGUGAGGCAAAAACCCACGCCCAUCGACAUCCUGCUCCUCAACCUGACAAUCUCGGACCUCCUCUUCCUGCUCUUCCUGCCCUUCAAGAUGCAGGAAGUCACGAACGAUAUGACCUGGAGUCUACCCUACAUCCUCUGUCCUUUAUCUGGCUUCUUCUUCUACAUGACUAUCUACGUCAGCACCUUAUUCCUGACAGCGGUCAGUGUGGAGCGCUACCUGGGCGUGGCCUUCCCCAUCCAACACUCGCUGAAUCGCCGGCCCCUGUAUGCCGUGGUGGCCAGUGUAUUUAUCUGGGUCUUCUCCGUCCUCCACCUGAGCAUCGUCGUCAUCAUGCCCUACUACAACCCACCGCAAGACUCCCUCAGUUCCACAACCAACUCUUCCAACAGCUAUGAAUUCUCCAACGUCUCCAACGUGCUCAUUAGGGACGGCGACAACAUUGUGUCUUCCAGGAAUGUGUGCUAUGAGGACUUCAGCGAGAAGCAACUGGCGAUCCUCCUGCCUGUGCGUCUGGAGCUCUGCCUGGUUCUAUUCUGUGUACCUUUCCUCAUCUGCAGCUUCUGCUACAUCAACUUCAUCCGCAUACUCUCCGGCCUGCCCCACAUCGGUCGUCGCAGACGCCUCCGUGCUAUCGGCCUGGCUCUGGGGACACUGCUGGUGUUUGCCUUCUGCUUCGGCCCCUACAACGUCUCCCACAUUGUGGGCUUUAUAACCAGGAAGAACCCAGACUGGAGAGACAUGGCCUUGCUCUGCAGCACCUUCAACGCCUGCUUGGACCCCUUCAUCUUCUACUUCUCCUCCUCAGCUGUCAGAGGGACCCUAGGGAGUAUGUUGCAGGGGGCCAGAAUCAGGCUGACCAAGUGUAUGUUCUGUGGCUGUCACAUCCACUGGUCCCCUUGGAAUGGAACGAGCGAGCGAGCCUCAGAAAGAUAAGGGACCCAAACAAGUAGAGAUGAAUGCUAUCUGAAGUUAAUUGAAUAAGGCCUGUAUUAACUGAAAUGAGAUGUUGUGCUCCUCAUGUCUAGUGGCAGGAUAUGAGUGCUCUGAUGUUUAUGUUUUCACAUUUUACUGUAUCUGUGUCUCUGUUUGAUCAUUGGCGGGCAAACUUCCUACUUAGAGUAGAGAUAGGAUAUGGUAGACACGGAGCCUGCCUUCCUCCUGAGAGACACAAAACAAGGGCUCACAUUAGGGAGUUACUGCCUAGCUGCAGUUAGCUGGAAUCAAGUACAGUCAUUGCCAAUUAUAUUUUAUAAGUACACACCUACUGUGACAGUGCGUGAAAUAAGUUUGAGAAUACAUUUGUUGUAUUGGGUUGCCUGACAAGAUUGGCAAACAGAACAGAAAAUGAUCAUUGAUUAUAAUUGUAUUUCACAAGGUUGAAGCCCAUUUACACAACUAGGAGCGGUUAUGGUGAACCGUAGAGAACAACAAGCUCUAACAUCUGAGAGACACAUCAGAACAACAUCUCUCAGCACUGAAAGAUAAGCACCUCAAACAAGUAUCACAGUAGUAUCGCUGAAAAGGAAACAAUGCUGAAAAGGAACAAUGAAUUUGAACACUGAGCAGAGUUGGUGUGUGUGUCUGUGUGUGUGUGUGUGUGGGGGG